AUGACAAACUGGUUCGAAUAUGAAUCCGGCCAUGCAUGGUGUGAAAGUGCGUACAAAUAUCAAACAUUACCGAUGGUAGCCGAAUUUGCGAAUACUAUGACAAAUCUCCCGAUCAUCGUUCUACCAUUGAUAAAUGCAAUGAUGCUCCGGAAAUACAUUAGAGAGGUGAAUCAUGGAUUACUUAUUCCUCAGUUACUGCUCACAUUCAAUGGCUUAGCAUCUACAUAUUAUCAUGCAACUUUGAAUUUAUUCGGUCAAUUAGUCGACGAACUCUCACUUGUAUGGAUCAUCAACAUGUUCCUCGUCGUCUACAUUCCAGUGAUGAAAUGGUUCCCGAAAAAAUUUAGUGAACGGCUGACCACUUUUCGGAGGACUGUUGUGGUGCUGACUGCAUUAUUUUCUGGACUAUGCUUUCUGGAACCGACCUUAAACGCUGUUGCGUUGAUGUUGUUCUCCGUUCCUGCCGCAUUGGUGAUCCACUACGAGGGCACACACUCCGGUAUUCCUGAUAUCGAGAAUUUUCCGCGCAGAACUCUUGGCCUAUGGUUCACAUCGUUCGGGUUCUGGUUCGCUGAUCGACUACUUUGUGAUGUUUGGCUAUGGCUAGGUACUCCUUACUUACAUGCUCUUUUCCACCUACUUGCUGGAAUUGCUGGAUACACGUUAUUCGUUAUGUUCUCUAUGAUCGACAUUGAAACAAGGAGCUCAACUCAUAGGUUCACUGCUGCUGUUCGAUACUUUCCCGACAAAAGCGGGUCGAUCUUUUCCUUCCCGUACAUUUCUCUUCACGAGAAGAGCAGCUAA